AUGGUCAAGGCGUUAUGUGUCCUCCUCAUUGCUAUCGUCGGCCUGUCCGCCGUCCAGGGCUUCAUUAGAGGGUACGGAUAUGGGGGGUUAUACGGCGGCUACGGUAAUGGAGGGUUGUACGGCGGCUACGGGUACGGGCGAAUGUACGGUGGCUAUGGAUACCCUGGCAUGUACGGACGUGGCUAUGGCGGUUUGUACGGUGGUUACGGUAACACAGGAAUGUACGGUGGCUAUGGAUACCCUGGCAUGUAUGGAGGUCACUACGGAAUGCAAUAUCACCGAUACCCUAGCUUUGGGUACGGAUUUGCAAUGAGGCACUUUGGAAAGGGAAAGAAAGGCUACUACUAA